AUGGACAGAAAACUGACAACAUUCUGCACAAUAACUCUAAUCCUAGAACCUUUAGCAAGCUACAUCCCACUAUUCAUCAGCUGUAGUAAAGCACACCACAAAGCUAGUCAGGGACUUUCCAAAAUUUCAGACUCUGAAAUAGCCUCACAAGUGAGACUACCAUAUACUAAGAAAUGGAUUAUGAGUACAUCUGAUUUGUUCCUAUUUCAUUUUACCUUUUCUGCUUGUUAUUUUUUCUGUUUAUUUCGGACAACACCAGAUGUACCAGAUGGCUCUGAGGGUCAGCCUGCUGGGACAUACACAAUUGAUGAAAAUCCAUCCUAUCUGGAAGACUCAACAGCAGGACUUCCUGGUGGUCUUCACAAAGCACAAGAUGCAACAUCGCUUCCUGACACAGAAACACUAAUGUUUCGAGAUGGACGUCGCCGUAUUGACAUGGUUCUUGUAUAUGAGGAAGAAGAGCUAGGUGUCAUGACAGAAGCAGAGAUGUUACGAAGGGAGAGAAGACGUGUCUUCCAGGAGAACCUCCUUGCUGCUGGGUUGGAGCUAGAGCUGGAGGGGAAAGAGAUGGCUUUUGACCAGAAAACAUUCUUUCUCAAAAUCCACAUUCCAUGGAAAGCCUUGACGAGAUAUGCAGAAGUAAUGAAUUUGAAAAUGCCUACUAAGAGAUUCAUAGCACUUUCCAGCAAUGCUUGGGAAACAGAGAAGGAGGAAGAAUCAGAAACACCAGGAUUCCCCUUUAAGUUCAAGAAAAUGUUUGAAUACAACCAUAACCGUAUCGCAAAGGAACCUUCUUUUUAUGAAGCAUCCUACAGCAAGGACCAGGAAGAACAGUUUGUAGUGAAGGAAAGAGAACUCUUCUACACUUCAGCUCAGAGAAGCCUUGUUGUGUGGCAAGUAAUGAUGAGAACAAAGUAUGAUGAAAGUGAGAAGUGCGGCAUCCGCAGACUCCUCAACAAUAAAACAUAUUUGGCAGCAUUUCCUUUACAUGAAGGGAAAUAUGCUCAUGAUGCAUCCAGUGGAUAUAUUUUUGAUAGGAGGUUGCUGUAUCUUGAGUGGGCAUCUCUGUCAUGUUGGUAUAAGAAGCAACCCUUUUGGCUCAUCAAGAAAUAUUUUGGUGACAAAAUAGGCCUGUACUUUGCUUGGUUGGAUUUCUACACCAAAAUGCUUAUUCCUGCUGCUAUAGUAGGUCUGCUUUGUUUUCUUUAUGGUGCAGCAACACUAUACUCUAAUGAUAAUGUACCAAGCCUGGAGAUCUGUAAUAGGUCUGGACCUGGCAAUAUCACACUCUGUCCACAUUGUGACAAAGCAUGUCCUUUUACCAGACUCUAUCAGUCAUGUACAUUUGCAAAACUCACAUAUCUGUUUGACAAUCCAGCUACUGUCUUCUUUGCUAUUUUUAUGUCUUUCUGGGCUACCACCUUUCUUGAACUCUGGAAACGACGACAAGCAGUAAUUGUGUGGGAAUGGGACUUGCAAAAUGCUGAAGAAGAUGAAGAACCAAGACCAGAAUUUGAGACAUCAGUUAAAACAUUCCGCAUCAAUCCAGUCACACAUGAAAAAGAGCCAUAUCUUCCCACAUGGAGCAAAGCUUGGAGGCUUCUGGCAACUACUUCAGUCGUGUUUCUCAUGGUUGUUGUUGUGAUGGGGACAGUUCUAGGAACAAUAAUCUACAGAAUUGCACUAAUAACAGUGUUUCAUAGCAGUGGAGGUUUCUUCAGUACACAUGCCAAGAUCUUCACAUCGGUCACAGCUGCUGUUAUCAACUUAACGAUCAUCAUGAUUCUGACAAGGCUAUAUCAGAGAAUUGCAACACUUUUGACAAACCUAGAGAAUCCCAGGACUCAAACAGAAUAUGAAGACAGCUACACUUUCAAGAUAUUUGUCUUUCAGUUUGUGAAUUUCUACUCCUCAUUGAUCUACAUAGCUUUUUUCAAGGGGCGCUUUUAUAAAUACCCAGGUGACAAAGAAGCACGCCGUGAUGCAUUUCAAAGACUUACACUGGAUGUUUGCGACCCAGCAGGCUGCCUAUCUGAGCUCUGCAUCCAGCUGGCCAUCAUCAUGAUUGGCAAGCAGUGUUUCAACAACUUCCUUGAGAUCUUCUUACCGAAACUACGCAACUGGUGGCGUAAGAGGUACCACAUAUCAAAUACAAAAGAUUUAGAGCGCAGUUACACCCGGUGGGAAGAAGAUUAUCACCUUGAGGAUUCGGGGCGACUUGCUCUUUUUGAAGAAUACCUUGAAAUGGUAAUUCAGUAUGGUUUUGUAACUCUUUUUGUGGCUGCAUUUCCUUUGGCUCCUCUGUUUGCAUUGCUAAACAACAUUGGUGAGAUUCGAUUGGAUGCAUAUAAAAUGUUGACCCAAGCUCGACGUCCACUGGCAGAACGUGUAGAAGAUAUUGGAGCUUGGUAUGGGAUUCUUCAGGGGCUCACCUACACUGCUGUUGUUUCAAAUGCAUUUGUCAUUGCAUAUACAAGUGACUUCAUUCCACGUAUGGUAUACAAAUUUGUCUAUUCACCAGACAACACAUUAACUGGUUACAUUGACUUCUCACUUUCUGAAUUCAAUACAUCUGACUUCCAGAAAGAUAUGAUACCUGAUGAUGAUGGCAAUCCCAACACACCGCCUCCAGAGACUUGCCAAUAUAGAGGUUAUCGUAACAAUGCCACUUCUGAGGGUCCGUAUGGCCUUUCAGCUGUCUACUGGCAUGUCUUUGCAGCCAGACUUGCAUUUGUUGUUGUAUUUGAACAUAUUGUGUUUGCACUGACAGGAAUUAUGGCAUAUGCCAUACCAGAUAUUCCACAAGAGGUCCAAACUCAAGUGAAACGUGAGAAGCUUUUGGAGAAAGAGAGAAAGUAUGAAAUUGGCCUCAAAGCAGCAGGUUCUCCAAGUAAUUUUCGUGACAGAGAAGAUGGAAGUAAACUUCAAGGGAGAUUACAGCUGCCUCCACUUUUGCCUCCUGGGACAGCAAGAGAAUCAAACAACUGGUGGGCUCGGCGAGUGAGCAAAGUACGAGAUGUAUCAACAAGUCUUGCAGCCCUCAACAAAACAACCACUUAGCACCAAGAAAAUGAAUUGUACAAUACUUUCUCCUGAUGCGGCAAAGCUGAAAAUCAUUUUCUUGGCUAUCUGCUGUUCAGAACUUUUAUCUUGUACCUAUAUAUUUCAAAGGCAUUAACACAACCGCAGAAGACCAGUGCCUACUAAAGAAAAUUGUUUGUGACUUGGUCCGAUUAGUGCCUACUAAAGAAAAUUGUAUGUGACUUGGUCCGAUACAGAAAGCAUUGCUCAAAUAAAAGAGAGAGUUGUAUGGAAUUGUUGGCUAGGAGGCCCUGAGGAGUAAAUCCACCCUCCUAAUCAGAAAGGCAUAAUGGUCCUUUUCUUUGCAGUGUGUAAGAGUUGUGUCUUAAGUGUCUCUGUAAUGAAUGUUUGUAUAGUAUGGUGCCAUACUUGUGUCUCAUGAUGAUGAGAGAAGGUAGGGGGUGAAAACUGCUGUCAGCAAUAGCCUACUCUUCUCAUGUAGCACAAAGGGGACCACUGAGCAUAAAGUCUCCAUCUGAUCAUGCUGUAGGACACUGUGGAGGGUUUGGAAUUUAAUCUAAGACAUUGAUGCCAAGUCUGGUGAUAAUUCCUCUUUCCCUUUGCUGCCCACAUACAAGAGGUGAAAAUUUCUUCCGCCACCAUGUUUCAGACCAACUACCUCUGAACUGAGCGCCAUCGCACAGUGAUGCAUUAGCAACUUUUGCUAUGGAAAUUCCUAUAUUUCAGAUGAAAAACAUUUUUAACUGUUAGUCAUUCAGCUAGUGAUUACAGAAUAGGUGCCACUGAAUAUGACUGAUAGCAUAAAUAAAUUGUAUCCAAGUAAGACUCUGUGUUCUGAAUGGGUGCUGAAAUAUAGGUACUCAGCAUUUCGUAUGUGCAACUGUUUAUUGAUCUGUAGAUAUAUAUGUAUUGUUCUGUGCAUUUUGACAAUUUUGCCAACAUCUUUGUUUUAUUAUUGUUUUGAGGUAUCCACACAAAAAAAUGAAGAAGUUUGGAAAUAAUAAAACUUGCUUGUUGCAUCAGAUACAAAGAUUGUUAAAUUGAAAAUGUUUUAUUGUUGAAGAUUAUGGGACCAUUUAAUAGUCUUGGAUUCUAUUAGCAAUGCAUCCAGUAUAUGUAACUUAUUUCUCUACCUUCAGAGUAGUAAUUAUUGCCAGUACAUUAUUAUAGGAAUGUUGUGACUGGUGUUGCAAAUUGAGUUAUAUACCAUCUACUAAGGCUGUGACAAGUACAAAAAUAAUGUCAACUAUUGUUGAUAAGUAAAAAUCUUUAAAAUACAAAAAUAUUGUACCUUAAGCAAUAUGCAUUUAAUAUUAAGCAGAUGUAUUAAGAUUUGCUUCUCUUCCAUGUUUAAUAUGAAGUUUUGCUGUAUUCUCUGCUUUUUCUCCCAUCAGUUUUCUUACUUCUUGUUUUUGAUUUUUUAAAUAUUGUUGAUACUAUUUUAUUUCAUUCAGUCUCCUUUACUUCAGAUUGAUAUACCCACCUGGGUUUCUCUCAUAUUUGAUACAUACUGUUUAUUUAGUGAUCUGAUUGUAGUGGACUGUUCUAUCCUCCUCAUUACUAGAUGGAUUAUUUAUGUUAAUUCCAUUCUAAGUGUUAAUCAAAAGGAAAUCUAUUUUCUGAAUUGUGUUUGUGGGACAGAUAUUCUGAUAAUGGAUAAACCCUUACCUCUCUUUGAAAUUUCAUAUUUUUGCACACUGAAGAACGUAACUUUCAACUUGAUUAAUUUUUACUAACAAAAUUGUUAAACUGUUUUUGAAAAUUGUUAUGAAAACUGUAAACUAAACCCAGAGGUAAACUAAGUUUAUUGCUCAAGAACAUGUUAACUCAUCACAGAUGGCUAUCACUUAACCAUGCAGUUUCAUACAUGUGUCAUGUGCAAUACCCUCAUGUUGUUUUUUUUAUUGUAUUUUGUAGAUGUAUACUAUUCCUUUUUUCUUUCUUUUGUGUAUUUUACUUUGUAUUCUUAUACACAUAUUUUGUUUCUGCAUUUCAUUAAUGCUUUAUAUAAUUACUCAUAUUCUUCUUGCUAACACAGCACUGUUGUCUCUAUCAUUGCAUGCCUUACCGCAAAAGUUUUAUUUUUAACUUCUUAUGAGAACUGCAGUGCAUAGUGAUUAUCUUCAACAGAUGUCGUCAUAAAAUUAGUCUUAAUGGGCUUCUGUCACACUGUUUCCUUUUGGUUUACUUAUUGUAAUGUAACAUGCCGUUCUAAUUAUUGUUUGUCCUUUUAGUUUUGCCAUUCUGUUAAAUACCUGUAGCAGUUUCUAUCCAUUAAUAUUUUUGUUUGCAUUAACAGAGUGUUUUUAUAUGCAAUGAAUUCCAUCUGCUGAUAUGGUGGACACUCCCAUUAUGUUUCUAAUUUAUAUUUAUGUCUACAGAAUGUUUUUGAUUCUAUGACCAUUUCCUGCCUCAUUUUAUAACAUUAACUUAAGGUAGACAGUUUCCUUUUUUGAUACUUUUCGUCAAACCUGCAUUUGCAAAUUGUGUACACCAUCAAACUCAUUGUAUAGGAUGUAUGUCCGAAAAGUCCUGUAGCAUAAGCAGAAUCAGUGUGCUUAAAUAAUAUGUUGUCUACUGAGCUGUACACAUUUUUAUAGCUAGAACUGUAAAUUUUUGAUGACUUGGGGGUUUAACAACUGGGACAAUUACUUCACAUAUGUUGUUGCCUCUUGAAUGAUGAUGAGUCAUAUUACAUAUCAAAAAUUUAACACACUCACACAAAUCAUAAUCUGAUGGCUGUGUAACCCUUUCAGCAGCUCCUUUAUAGCCAAUCCAGGAUUCCAGGAAUGUAGAAUCCAACCAGUCCUCUAUAGCCAAUUUGUGAUGGUGGCUACAUCUGAUGGAGUACCAUCAUACAUGAAUCACUUCUAUUUAAUUUAAUUAUGAAAAUAAAUUAGGAGUAAAGACAAGAACUCACCAAAUAGUAGAGGCACUGCAUUACUAACAGGCAUGUAAACUAAACUGAGAACUUUGGUAUAUUUUGGACAGAUAUUUUUUCAAGCUAGAGUACACAUACAUAUGUGUGCACCCACCCAUUCACCCACCCAUCCACACACAUACGCACACACACACACACACACACACACACACACACACACACACACACACACACACACACACACAUGCACACACACACACACCUAUACAGUUGAAUUGUGCCAGAUGACUACACAGUGACAGGACUGCAGUUCUGCAGGUAGACCGAUGUGAGGAGUUGUGUUGGGUGGAGAGUGCAAGGGGAGAAAGGGGGUUGGGUGAGGGAGGGAUGGUUGCAGAAGAAUAGCUGAUGACUCGGAAGGAGGCAGCAGGUGUGCAAGAUAGGAAUGCCUCCUGUAUGCAAUGCAGAGGCAGCAGGUUCACGGGAUAGGAAUGCACAAACUAGAACCAAUGAGUUCAUGAAGCACAAAUUGAUUAUGAUGAGAAGGGAUGGGUGACAUAACAGAGAAAAGGGGAGGCUGUGGGAAAGAGAGUUUGUGUGCAACAUGAGUGAAGUUAGUUUGUUGGGGCAAGGAGGAAGUGGGUGUAGAGCAGGGCAUUAGCAGAUAUCGAGGCCAGGAGGAUUAUGUUAAAGGAUGUGUUGUGAUAACUCCCACCUAUACGGUUCAGAAAAGCUGGUGCUGGGGUGAGGGGGACCCUAGGUUCCACAGGGAUGUGAUCCAUUUAGCAAGAGGUUGGAGGUGGGUAUGGCAAAGCAAUGGAACAGGAUAGGAUGUGUGGGCAGGAGAAUACCUCACAGAUUUUGGGUGGGAUGUUCCUUUUUUCCAGGCACAGUGAUAGUCAAAGCCAUGGCAGAGGAUAUGGUUCAGCUGUUUCAGUCCAGAAUUAUAUUGGUUGAUGAGAGGGCUUAUCCUUUGGAGUUGAUUUUUUGGGUUGGUGGGAGGAUUAAGGAUAUGUAAAGACUGGAUGUGAGAAGUAUGCACAUGGACUAGGUUUGGGGUUUAGUGUCUGUCUGUGAAGGCCUUAAUGAGACCUCCAGCACACAAGAAAAAGGAGUUCUUGUCACUCCAGCUGUGCUACCCCAUGGCUAGCCAGAAUAUAUUGGAGAGAUUUUUUGGCAUGGAAGGGAUGACAGCUGUCAAAUUGCAGGUGCUCUUGAUGCUUAGUGAGCUUGAUAUAGACAGAAGUAUAGAUGUAACCAUCAGAACAGGUCCAGGUGAAGCUAAUGGGAGAGAAGGUGUAGAGGCUGUGGUGGAAUGAGGAUAGGAUAUCUUGGCCCUGUGUCUAAAUCAUGAAGAUAUCAUCAAUGAAACUGAACCAGACAAUAGCUUAGGGGUAUUGAGAGGCUAGGAGGGUUUCCUCUAGAUGAUCAAUAGACAGAUUGGCAUAGGAUGGUGUCCUGCAAGGCCCAUGGUGAUGCUGCAGAUUCAUUUGUAUAUCCACCUCUCACAGGAGAUGUAGGUACGAUUACCAAUCUACUUAAUGAGAUGUACAAUGAACAAAAUGGUGGGUUUGGUGUCAGAAGAUGUUAGGAAAGGUAGUGUUUGAUAGGAACACACUCCUGCAAUCUGUCAGUUCCAACACAGACUUAUCUUAUCCCAUCAGAGACAGGAUCAUCUGUGUAAGCAGAUGUGUCAUGUAUAACUCUGCUGCAAUUUCUGCACAGCACUUUAUGUGGACAUAAAAUCCAACCAACUGUCCACCCAAAUGAAUGGCCACCACCAGGUGUUGGCCAUGAGGAGAUUACAUGUGCCUCCCUCUGAACAAUUAACCAUUUUUCAGCAGACGUCCUACCUGUUACCUGCCUCCUUUCUUCCCUCAUCCAUUUCACAUGACACAGCCUCUAACCCCAAUCCACCUGCAGAACUGCAGUUCCAGCAUUCUGUUUUCAAACAACUGCAGUUCUUGUAUUGUUUGUUCAACUAACGCAAUGUAGCUUUACAUAGGUGUUUGUUUGUGUGUGUGUGUGUGUGUGUGUGUGUGUGUGUGUGUGUGUGUAAGGGUACUGCAGCUCAGAAAAGGAUUUGUCCGAAUGGUGGCAAAGUUUUCAGUCCUGUUUAUGUGCCUGUAGAAGAACCUACUAUUUGGUGAAUGGUUACGUUUGCUCCUAAAUUAUUUACAUUCUGCCAGAACUGUAAAUGCCAUAUUAAUUUAAUGAUAGAUACAUUCCAGUACUGUACAGUUCAUAUAUCAGGUAACUGAGCAAUAUUGUCUAGUAGUUCUUGAUUGCAGCCUCUUCCAAAAAGUGUGAGACAACCUCAUGUUGGUUCCAUGAACUACAUCGUAUGAUAACCUGCUGGUCCCCUUGUCGGUGAAGUUCAUACAAGAAGAGUUUAUUCUGGCACAAAUAUUGCAGAUUCUGGGUAUUGGCCUCUGUACUGACACAAGUAUCUCAUGGAAAAACAGCACACUGUAAAAAUGUAGCAUCUUCAUCCAUAUUCUUUAAGAAGCAAGCUAAUAUCUUCAGUCUGCAUUCAGAGCAAUCUUCCAGUAGCUGAGACAAGAGUUGCAGUUUACAUGGAUCAGUGUGUAGCCUUCCUUAUCAGGGAUCCAUCUGCAGUAACUCCACACUUCUGAAAUUCUCAUCUAUCCUAAAGUUGUUGUUCAGUGCAAUAGUGACUGAACUUAGAGGUAACAAAUGGAUGUAAGUAAUCUUCACUCCCACAUAGCAGAAUGUUUCAUAUGUUUACAUCUUUUGAUAGCAUCAUUCAUUCAAAAAAUAAAUACAAAUAACUAAACAAAAAUGUCUAUGUUGCAAGACUUGACAGGCAUAAUAAAUUUUCCAUUCUUUUAUACUUUUCAAAAGUCCAGGAAAUAAGAUAAUUCUAAUUUCCAUGCUUUCCUAAAAUAAUUAUGAACUCUUUUCCAUAUAUUUGACUGCACAUAAACCAAAACCUCUUUGACAGUAUUCUUAAUGGGUUUAUGUGCACUAAAUUUCAAAAUAAGAAUGUUCUUCAUGAUUAAUUCAUAGCAAGAUAUUAUGUUAACAGUGAUGAUAAAUUGUUAACAUUCAUUGCAAACAAUUAUUGUGGGCUUAGCUUAUUUUUUAUAGUGCAGUAUCGACACCAAUCAAGUAUUUGAAUAAAUUCCUUAUUCUUCAUUUCAAUUGUGACUUGUGACACUUGUAUUAUCACAGUAUUUUAAGAAUUUUCAACGUUUGUAUUUGUUUCAUAUGUGGAUAUUGAAUGGCUUAUUUAU